AUGGCGCCAACAAGGUUGGCAUCGAAGCCAAUCGGCGCCAAUGAGAACUUCCACGGUAUCAUGAAUCACGGAAUAACGACGAGGAGUAAGCAAAUGGCUACUCUGAAAUCAUACAAAGAUAGCCUAAAAGGAACAAACAAGAGGAAAGCAGACAGUCCCCUGAAAGACAUGACGGCUAAAAGGGCGGCCUUCGGGGACAUAACAAACGCCUUCAACAAAUCCUGCGCCGCCAACGAUAAAGACAAAGUCAUGGCCCUGAAAAAAGUUACGGUGGAAAGCAAAAUGCUCCCAACAUUAAAGAGCAUCAAACCACAAGCCACUGUACUCAAUGGCAAAACAUCCAAGACCAAGCAAUUGCAAAAAGUGGCAACAAAUGCUCUGGAGUCUGUUCAGAAACAUUUUGCCAAAGAUCCACCCAAGCCUGUGGCAACAAGGGCUCAAAAUGGCAUCCUUAAGAAUAUUGAACGGAAAUCACUGGGCAAGGAAAAUAGUCAAAACAACAGCCAGAGCUCUGUGAAAUCUGGCAGGAGUGAUGUCUCUGGAGAGCCUUCCCUGUAUAUGACUGCAUUAGAAAAUAUUAGCCCCACCGACGUCACAAAGGAGGAGUGUAAAGCCAUCAGCGAGAAGUUGAACAAGGUGAAUCUAGACGAGUCGGUGAACCGGUCUCUCGACGUGGAGACCGAGACUCCGCACCGGGCGCCCGAAGGAGUCACCGAUUUCGACCAGGAGAACUGGAACGACCCGUUCCAGGUGUCUCAUUAUGCCAUGGACAUAUUCAACUACCUGAAGGGCAGAGAGCGCCUGUUUGCCAUUGACGACUACCUGCAACGGAUGAAGGGCAUCACGUCGUGGAUGCGCGCGCUGCUCGUCGACUGGAUGGUGGAGGUCCAGGAGAGCUUCGAGCUGAACCACGAGACCCUGUACCUGGCGGUUAAGCUGGUGGACCUGUUCCUCACGCGGUCCACAAAGAAGCAGCCCGAGAGCGACCACCUGACCAAAGAGGAGUUGCAGCUUCUGGGCGCUUCGGCCCUGUUCAUCGCCUCGAAGUUCGAUGAGCGGAUCCCGCCGCUCGUCGAUGAUUUCCUCUACAUCUGUGAUGGAGCAUAUACUCUAGGACAGUUGUUAAAGAUGGAGAUGAACAUUUUGCGCGUGAUCGACUUCGACCUUGGCAUACCGCUAUCCUACCGUUUCCUCAGGAGAUACGCGAGGUGCGCUCGGGUGUCGAUGCCGACGCUGACUCUGGCGCGGUUCGUGUUAGAGCAGUGCCUGCUCGAGUACGGUCUGCUGUCUCACUCGGACAGCAAGAUGGCCGCGGCGGCGCUCUACAUCGCGCUGCGCAUGAAGUCGCUGGGCACGUGGACGCCCACGCUGCGCUACUACACAGGAUACACCUUACAAGACAUUCUACCCGUGGUGCUAGAACAGAACGCGGUGUUACACAAAAAGCCCAAGUCCGCUAUCAGCACAGUUAGGAAUAAGUAUACGCACACAAUAUUCUUUGAGGUGGCCAAGGUGCCCCUCAUCGAUGACCAGGCGCUGAGGAGC